AUGCGCAAUUCCGUCCCUCUGGCGACUCGAAUAGGGCCUAUGCUGGCCCUCAUCUGUACCGUCAGCACAAUUAUGUCCGCAGUAGAGGCCAAGAGGAAACUCAAAGAACAGGAGAUUAUCCAACGUAUUCUCAAUAAUUACGAUUGGAGAGUCAGGCCGAGGGGAUUAAAUGCUUCCUGGCCAGAUACUGGUGGUCCUGUGCUAGUGACAGUAAACAUCUAUUUGCGUUCGAUUUCGAAAAUUGACGACGUUAAUAUGGAGUACAGUGCUCAGUUUACUUUUCGAGAAGAAUGGGUGGAUGCUAGGCUUGCCUACGGCCGUUUCGAAGACGAAUCCACGGAGGUGCCACCAUUUGUAGUGCUGGCAACCAGCGAGAAUGCCGACCAGUCACAACAGAUUUGGAUGCCGGACACAUUCUUCCAAAAUGAAAAAGAGGCACGACGACAUCUGAUCGACAAGCCGAACGUGCUCAUUCGAAUUCACAAGGACGGCUCGAUCCUUUACAGCGUUAGGUUAUCUCUUGUGCUGUCCUGCCCGAUGUCAUUGGAGUUCUACCCGUUGGAUCGACAGAAUUGCCUUAUCGAUCUCGCAUCAUAUGCGUACACAACGCAGGACAUCAAGUACGAAUGGAAAGAGCAGAAUCCGGUCCAGCAGAAGGAUGGCUUGCGUCAGUCGUUGCCGAGUUUCGAAUUGCAAGAUGUCGUCACCAAGUACUGCACUAGUAAAACCAAUACCGGGGAAUAUUCAUGUCUGCGUACUCAGAUGGUACUACGUCGAGAAUUCAGCUAUUACCUGCUGCAGCUGUAUAUCCCUUCGUUUAUGCUUGUCAUUGUCUCGUGGGUCUCGUUCUGGCUGGACAAAGACUCGGUCCCGGCAAGGGUCACAUUAGGUACGAUGGUUAUUAUUAGCUCGGGUAUCAACGCGAAGCUGCCUCCGGUCAGCUACACGAAGGCGAUUGACGUGUGGAUCGGCGUAUGUCUGGCGUUCAUUUUUGCUCUACUUGAAUAUGCCGUCGUGAAUUAUUACGGUCGGAAAGAAUUCCUUCGAAAGGAGAAAAAGAAGAAAACCCGUCUGGACGACUGCGUCUGCCCGUCUGAACGUCCUGCUCUGCGGCUUGACUUGAGCAAUUAUCGUCGUCGAGGUUGGACUCCGCUGAAUAGGUUAUUGGAUAUGUUGGGUCGAAAUGCGGAUCUCUCACGUAGAGUGGACCUAAUGUCACGUAUCACUUUUCCCUCGCUCUUUACAGCAUUUCUAGGUGAGUAG